GCGAUUGCUGUCAAACGAAUAUCGUAAAAAAUGUCUGAAUUUGGUUGCGAUUACCGAAAAUAAUUUUUAUUGUGUGAAUUAUAGAAAAUGAAAAGUGUGUGUUAUUAAAAAAAUAUGGCUUUUGAAUAUGUUGUGGUGAAACAAGAAAUUGAGGAAGUUAUUGAAGACGAAAAGGUUGAUUCUUCAGAGCCUUUACAGUCCAGGGAACUGCCUCAAUCCGUGAAUAUUAAAUUGGAAAUAGAAGUACCACCCCUUGAUAUCAGCAUAAAAACAGAACUUCAAGAUGACGAAGAAACGCCCUAUGGUCCUCCUACACAGGAGCCUUCCAGCUCCUCCCCACCUGAAAUACCUUUACUGCAGCAGCCUGCGCCGGAACCGAACGUGUUAUAUGUUAAGUCUGAGCCGAAUUGUGAAGAUGUCAGCUCCCAGGAAUCGAAUCAGCAGGUGGCAGAAGAGGAUAAUUUGUCAGACGUUCCUGAACCUGAGGAUCCUGCGUACGAGGGAACAUCAGAUCUGUCCGACUAUCCCAGUUCCGAUGACCUCGCCGAACUCAAAGCUACUACAUCGCGAGUGGAAUAUAAAAAAUACUACACAGUGAGUCCAGAAGGGCGUUUCAUAUGCAGGAUAUGUCGGAAAACUUUCGCAAACAGUGGCAAUGUCGUCCGCCAUCUUUUGCUGCACACUCGUAAAACUAUGAAUUGCCCACAAUGUCCUGGACAGUUCCUGAACAAGAUAAGAUUAGACAGACAUAUAUUUAAAAAGCAUACGCACAUAGACCCAGACUUCAAAAGCUACGAAUGCGACGCCUGCCCAAAGAAAUUCAAAUCCUCCUCCAAUUUGAUGCAGCAUAAAAAGACCCAUUUGACAGAAAAACCCUUCAAAUGCCCUAACUGUUCACACGCGUUCUCAUUCCGGGCUAAUUUGAAAAAACAUUUAUCUAAAGACCGCUGUAAAACCGCGACCAGUGGCCCGUUUACAUGCACAGAUUGCGAUAAGACCUUCGAAAGAGAAUCUAUGUUAAAAUCCCAUCUUAAAAAGCAUGAUACGGAACGACCAUUCGCAUGCGAAAUAUGCAAGAUGACCUUCAAAUACAAAAACACUUUAAUUCGUCAUAUGAUGCUGCAUGAAGAUGUUAGACCUUAUUCUUGUCCAGUUUGCGGGAAAGGGUUUACGUGCUCCGGUCUCCUAAAACCUCACAUGCGAGUCCAUACGGGCGAAAAGCCUUUUACUUGUGAGAUUUGCAAGAAGAAGUUCUCGCAUAAGCACAAUAUGCAACGGCAUAUGCUUGGACAUGAGAAAGUUAAGCAUACAGUCUGCGAUAUUUGCCAUAAAGAGUUUCCUAGAGAAAGUAGAUUAAAGUAUCAUAUGCGUACCCAUAUAAAUGAGAAAUAUUUCCUCUGUCACGUAUGCCCUAAAAGGUUUUCGCAUAAACAGAAUGUUUUACGGCAUUACACUAGAAAGCAUCCAGGACAGACCUAUACUUGUACGGACACUGAUGCCUCCAUUGCUCUUAAAGUUUGGGAUACCAUGAAGAGUAAAUAUGGGCCUGAUGAUGAAGCUGAGGUCAUUAUCAGUUGAGUCUUUUUUGGUCUAGUAUGUCUUGUAGAUUUUUGUGGGCAGUUAAUAGAAGGAGCAGUGGAAUCUAUGAUAUCUUCUGAUGUAUUUCGUUGCGGGGGAUCCAAGGGUUCAUGUCCCUGGGACGUUGGACUUCAGCGUUUCGGUGUUUCCAUAGUUGUAUCUACUGUAGAUCCUGGUGCACAAGAGUUACAGCGGUAAAAUUUUUGGCGGGCUGAUUCCAACAAAGAAAGCAAACAACAACCAUGCAAACACCGGAACACUGAAGUCCAACGUCUCAGGGACAUGAACAACUGUCUUGUAUCCCGCAACGAAAUGAAUCAGAAGAUACCAUUCGAGAAGAAGAUAAUUACUUCCCUCAGUUUUAUAUUUAUUUAUUAUUGACUGCUUUAUAAAUAGUACGGUAAAUAUUCUUGCCACUUUAAUACUAACUCUUGCUGGAAAAGAGUUUAGCAAUAUUAAUUUUCAUGUCCUAAUCCCAAGUUACUUGUAGUCAGCAUAAUGUCUUCUUCGAUCAAGAAGAUUUGGCUUACUUAUAAUGCAAGCUAAUGUUAUGAUACAACUUUCCUGGUUACCUACCUUGGUUCUGUCUCUAUGCAAGAGUAGGAACGGGGUGGUAUUUAGUCAGUAAGAGUCUGACACUCCUCGCCUCACCGAAGACGGAAGGAAGGAGUCAUUGCUAAUAAUCCCCUCUCACAAAACCAAUAAAUGGUUAGCAAUUAUAAUUAGGUACACAUUUUUGCUAGCAAUUUUUUAUUAGGUAAAAAGUAGCAAUUACGGUUUCAUGUACAAUAAAAUUAUACAAUGAAAGAAGUAGACAGGAUUUUUACAAUAGACAUUUAACACGUGUGGGUUUAAAGCAUAUAAGCAAUGAAUUAUUUAGUUGCCUACCCUGUCUCGACACCUGUGCACGCCACUGGCAAUGAAGGCACGGCUUUUUGUCCACCAGGUGGCGCUAAGGUGCCAUGAGGUCUGUUUGUCCUUAACUUACCAAGAUAAGUCAUUGUAUAAUGUAAAAAUAUUGGGGCAAUGUUAAAAUUUAAUACAGUGAAACUUUGUUAAGUGAAACCUCUA